AAUUAAAUCUUCAAAAGUAAUAUUUUAACAGAAUUAAUUAAAACAUGGCCAACACAAUUGUCAAUAAAAUUAUUUUGGUUGCUGGUUUUGCCAGUUUACUGCAUGCCGCAUAUUCCGCUGCCCAUUAUCGUACAUAUUUGCGUUUAACUGAACAGGAAUUCACAAAACUACCAUUGGAUAUUGUCGUUCAAACAGUCAUCAGUUUGAUUGUUGUCAUCUACAAUGUCAUACAAAUUGUUGGCAAUUUCAAGGAGAUUCGUGCCACCGUUGAUAUGCAAGCCAAAUCAUGGGAUACUUUGGGCAACUUCCCUUCAUUCUAUACAUUUAAUCAUCGUGGCAAGGCACUAUCAUCAACCUAUGUACCCGAAGAAGAAUCAUCCGAUAGUCCUAAAUCCAAAUUGGAUUUGAAUUCGUAAGAAA